AUGGCGCUCAUCUCUGCAAAAACGAUCAUCACCUCCCUCUCCCUCUUCCACAUCACCCUCGCCUACUUCUUCCUUACGAGCCCGGUCACCAUCGCCGAUCAAGCCCUGGUGUACGUGCUGGGCGAGUCUAUGGGCAUGCCGUAUGCGCGAAGUUUCGAAAACAAGUCACCCGCCCUCGCCUUCCUCGCCGCCGUUCUCGCCAUGCUGGGCUUCAGCGACCUCGUCACACUCAGCAUGCCCGAGGAGGUCUGGCUCAUUUACUAUUGGGGAACCCAGGCUCCCGUCCGCCUCUUCCUGUCCAUGACGUUUGUCAUAUACACGUUUCUCUUCGGCCCCUCGUCGCCCCUCUACGGCAGCCCGACCCGCGGCGGCAACCGCUUCGCCCACCCCUCAGCACAUGUGACCAACCCGCGCUAUACGCCCUCAACAUGGGGCGGCGACGGCCUCAAGAACCGCGUUUUCCUGACCUUUGCCUUCCUCGAGAUGAUGUGCUGGUUUUGGGCGUGGAUGACGCUGCGCGAGGAGCAGGAGCAGUUUCAGAGAAAGCAGAGAAAGAGGAGGGACAGCGAGUAA